CUUAGCCAACCUGAGAAACUAUUCAAAGAGCAAACCAAAAUGGAAGGCAGUUCUAUACUUCAUUCUUUCACUAACAUUUAUUUUGCCAUUUUUGCUUUGUUUUGCUUCAAGCUUUUAAUUAAGAUUUCCUUGGCUCUGCUGACCCAUUUCUAUAUUGUUAAAGGCAACAGAAAAGAAGCUGCCAGGAUAGCAGAAGAGAUCUAUGGAAUAGUCCCAGGCAGCUGGGCAGACCGAUCCCCUCUUCAUGAUGCUGCCUUCCAGGGACGCCUUCUCUCUCUGAAAACCUUGAUUGCACAGGGUUUCAACGUGAACCUGGUGACGACAGACCGUGUCUCAGCUCUCCACGAGGCCUGCCUGGGUGGCCAUGUCGCCUGCGCCAAGGUGCUGCUGGAAAACGGGGCCCAGGUCAAUGCAGUCACCAUCGAUGGCGUCACUCCUCUGUUCAAUGCCUGCUGCAGUGGCAGCGCAGCCUGUGUCAACAUGCUGCUGGAAUUCGGAGCCAAGGCGCAGCUGGGGAACCACCUGCCUUCGCCCAUCCAUGAAGCAGUCAAGAGAGGUCACAGGGAGUGCAUGGAGACCCUUCUGGCCCAUGAGGUUGACAUUGACCAAGAAGACCCACAGCAUGGGACCCCCCUCUACAUGGCCUGCACGUACCAAAGAACAGAAUGUGUCAAGAAGCUUUUGGAGCUAGGGGCCAAUGUGAAUGUGGGGAAGCGAUUAGAGACCCCCCUGCAUGCAGCAGCGAGGAAAUCCAGUGUGGAGAUUGUUGUCUUGCUGACAGACUAUGGUGCUAACCUGAAAUGCAGAAAUGCUGACCUCAAAUGUGCCCUGGAUCUUGCCAUGCCCCACAGCAAAGUGGAGCAGGCACUUCUGCUUCGGGAAGGUCCUGCCAGCCUUGCCCAGCUGUGCCGGUUGUGCAUCAGGAGGUGUCUGGGUCGGUCGUGCCUAUACACAGCCCACAAGCUGCACCUGCCUGAGCCACUUGAGAACUUCCUCCUUUAUCGUUAAGUCUGUGACUGCCCUUAGACUGGAAAAGAAAGAGGAGCAAAUGGUUGUUUACUCCAAGACUGUUACAUCAAAGAGAAAAAUCAAUGGCAUCAUUUACUGUCUUCUGUGGCUACAAAAUACUACCUGCUAUGUGGCAGUGAAAAUUGAAAACAUAUUUUCACAGGCAGUGGAUGGUAUUAUGGAUACAGUUCCAUCACAAUCUAUUGCCACAUCAACUUACACCAGCCUGAGAAGUUCUAGGACGUAAAUAGCUCACUUGACAUGUUUGUAGAUGCAUAUGCACACGUCCAGUCACCCACAUACACAUAGAGAUUUCCCCUGCAUUUGGGGCUAUAUUUAGUUGUACAGUAUCUGUGCAGCUUCUUCCCUUUGCCUAUCUAAUCUCAAUGUCAAAAUCAAGGCAGUGGAUGUUUUUCUUCCAUUAGUAUGUGAAAAUGAAAGCUUUCAGUGAUGAACAUCAGAUGUAUACAAUAUACUGCGUGUCUUUUAUCA